AUAGCCCAUGAAAGUACCUUUAUACGUCUAAACCCUAGAGUACAAUUUUAUCUCUUUUGCUUUUGCAUCGACGACGCGCCGGCGGAGGCAGCCCAAGGAGCUACUGGCGAGAAAAAUAAGAAUAUGGCGGACAAGGCUGUGACUAUCCGAACCAGGAAGUUCAUGACAAAUCGUCUCCUCUCUAGGAAACAAUUUGUCAUUGACGUGUUACAUCCAGGACGGGCAAAUGUUUCUAAGGCUGAGUUGAAAGAGAAAUUGGCAAGGAUGUAUGAAGUGAAAGAUCCAAAUGCAAUAUUUGUGUUCAAGUUCAGGACCCACUUUGGCGGAGGCAAAUCCACUGGUUUUGGCUUGAUCUAUGAUUCUGUUGAGAAUGCGAAGAAAUAUGAGCCGAAAUACAGACUCAUCAGGAAUGGUCUUGAUACCAAGGUCGAGAAGUCCAGGAAGCAACUGAAGGAGAGAAAGAACAGAGCAAAGAAGAUCCGUGGUGUGAAGAAGACUAAAGCUGGAGAUGCUGCUAAGGCUGGCAAGAAGAAAUGAGUUUUUAGGAUUUCAUGCUUCAAAACUUCGGAAACUGAAUACAGAAAAUUCUCUUUGGAGCCAAGUUUCACAUAUUAUUUGUCAUUUAUCUUGGGUAGUUGCUGUCUUUUAUUAGAACAAAUGCAAUUUCGUGCAGUUUUUCAGUAGAAGGAAGAAAAUCAUUCAGUUUCAUAUGAUUAUAUGACAUGAUCUCUAGCAUGCUAUGUUGAUCCCGAUUCCUGAUUGUAAACCUUUGGGUACUGCUAUGUUUUACUCUUGCCAGUUCAGUAGGGAGAUGUUUUUCUUGUUGGUAUUGAACUUGAGCUGUUUUUGCCCUUCUCCCAAGUGGAAAGAAAAUUUUCGAUUAUCA